GGUUGAUUGCAGUGUUUGAAUGUUGAGAAGCAAUGACGUCCUGCCUGCCGUGCCUCGUGUUCCUGUGGGGCGCCCUCGGGAUCGCGGACGCCGCCAAGAUCAUCGUGGUCCCGCCCAUCAUGUUUGAGAGCCACAUGUACAUCUUCAAGACGCUGGCCUCGGCCCUGCACGCGAGGGGCCACCGCACGGUGUUCCUGCUCUCGGAGGGCCGCGACCUGGCGCCCUCGCCCCACUACGGGCUGCGGCGCUACCCUGGCAUCUUCAACAGCUCCGCGUCCGACGCCUUCCUGCAGUCCAAGAUGCGCAACAUCUUCUCGGGGCGGCUGACGGCCGUGGAGCUGUUUGACAUCCUGGACCACUACACCCAGAACUGUGACAUGAUGCUGGGCAACCGGGCGCUGAUCCGGGCGCUGCGGCGCGAGCGCUUCGACCUGCUGCUCGUGGACCCCAACGACAUGUGUGGCUUCGUGAUCGCGCACCUGCUGGGCGUGCAGUACGCCGUGUUCUCCACCGGCCUCUGGUACCCGGCUGAGGUGGGCGCCCCCGCGCCUCUGGCCUACGUGCCCGAGUUCAACUCCCUGCUCACGGACCGCAUGAGCCUGGUGCAGAGGAUGAAGAACGCGGGGGUGUAUCUGGUGUCCCGGCUGGGGGUCAGCCUCCUGGUGCUCCCCAAGUACGAGCGGGUCGUGCAGAAGCAUGGGCUGCUGCGGGGCAGGUCCAUGUACGACCUGGUGCACGGCUCCAGCCUGUGGAUGCUCUGCACCGACCUGGCGCUCGAGUUCCCCCGGCCCACGCUGCCCAACGUCGUGUAUGUGGGUGGCAUCCUCACCAAGCCCGCCGGCCCGCUGCCCCAAGACCUGCAGAGCUGGGUGAACGGGUCCAGCGAACACGGCUUUGUUCUCGUGUCCUUUGGGGCUGGCGUCAAGUACCUGUCAGAGGACAUCGCUCACAAGCUGGCUGGGGCUCUGGGGAGGCUGCCCCAGAAGGUGAUUUGGAGGUUUUCUGGAGCCAAACCGAGGAACCUGGGGAACAACACGAAGCUCCUGGAGUGGCUGCCGCAGAACGACCUGCUGGGGCACCCCCACAUCAGGGCCUUCCUGAGCCAUGGAGGCCUAAACAGCAUCUUUGAGACCAUGUACCACGGUGUCCCGGUGGUGGGCAUCCCCCUCUUCGGGGACCAUUAUGACACGAUGACCCGGGUGCAAGCCAAAGGCAUGGGGAUCCUGCUGGAGUGGAAGACGGUCACGGAGGCAGAGCUGCACGCGGCCCUGGUGAAGGUGAUCAACGACCCGAGCUACCGUCGCAGGGCCCAGCAGCUGUCCGAGAUCCACAGGGACCAGCCCGAGCACCCCGUGGAGCGGACCGUGUACUGGAUAGAGUACAUCCUGCGCCACCGCGGCGCCCACCACCUGCGGGCCACCGUCUACCAGCUGUCCUUCUGGCAGUACUUCCUCCUGGAUGUGGCCGCCGUCCUCUUGCUGGCCAGCGCCCUGCUCUGUGUCCUCCUGUCCUGGGCCACGUCACUGGUCCGCAGGCAGGCCCGGCGCUGCUGGUCCAGACACAGGCCCAGCGUGGUGAACGGGUACCCCCACAACGGGGUCCUGAACGGCAGGUGCCAGAGGAACGGCCAGGUCGCGCUCGACAAGAAGGCGAAGUGAGCCCGCGACCCCGUGCCCCGCGGUCGCUGCUGCCCUAGCCUAACCCCCGAGCCGCGUCAGCGAGCGGUUCUAACCCCUCCUCCGAUUACUAACGAGACCCUGUGGGUUAGGUGGCUGCAAAAGCACAAACCUAACGUGCAAACGUAUUUUAUUCCAACACCCAUGUCGAGUUUGGCGCUGGACCUGUUAGAAGCCUUAAUUAUUUAAAUCGGCUCAGUGCCCGUGUCAGCCUUCGUUCCAAAGCUUGGCGCACGUCCCGUCGCAGGCCGGGUGGUCUCCUCGCGCGUGUGCGCGUGUGCGCGGGUCCCGAGAGGAGCGUGGCCUGGCUGCUGUGCCGUUUGUGAAGGGUGAGAUGGGCGGUCAGGAGCCGAUGCUUCUCUUCCAGAGUCUCCCGUGUGAAACUCAGGACACUGCGCAGAACAACACUUCCCCUCAGAGCUGAACACCGACCAGGGAGAAAAUGAAAGGCAGGAGCACUGGGUUUUGUACUCUUACGUUUUUUGUUUCAGUUUUUUGUUUGUUUUUUGUCUUCCUUUUCUUAUGGACUGUGGAUGCUUCUGGAGGAAAAUCAUACAGUUAAGUAAAUGCAUCAGUUGGUUGUCACAUUUUGUUUGUUUUCCCAACCAAUAAUUGGCUCUGGAAGAAUUUUAUAGUUUUUUCUGUUUCAUUUUCAUAGUCACGUUGUGUGUAACAGACGCAGCGGCCGAGCUGCAGCUUUUGUUACAGUCCGCGACCAGCUACGCCGGCGGCUCCGCGGCGGCGUAGCCCGUUACCUGACUGCUCUGUAACGAUGCUUCUCCGCAGCGUCGUUGUGGAAUGUUCAGGUGUUACGCCUCCCCAGUUUUAACUUUAAAAACCAUGCUUGUCACCCCUCUUGUCUGGGCCACACAAUCUAUGCUACGGAGGUGCCAACGCGAAAUUCUGGUCCAGGGGACGUGUCGGUCUCUGUCCUGGUCCCUGCUCUGUCCGGUCCGCUUCAUUCAGACCUGACAUGAUAUGCAGACGUGACAGAGGAUUCGCACUGUUUUAGAAACCGAGUAAAAUGAGUUCCCGUUCCCUCUCUCUGCGCCCUGCCCCAGCAGUGAGUCUGGCCACUGUGUCCGACGGGGCACGUGACAGUGACAGUGACGUCAUGACCUCCUGGCCCAGCACCCCCGUUGGCACCUCUGAGUUAUUUCAGGUCAUUCUGUUUACUGAGCACCUGCACUUCUGUGAGGUGAGCUUUAUUUAUUGAUCCUGAGACACCCGUGUCUGCAGCUGAGAGUAGAAACACACCAGUUACCCAAUGACGUUCACUCACAUGGGAAGAGCCGUGAAAAUUCCUACCGCCUUUGGCCUCUGCGUACACUAUGACACGCGACUUCCUGCCCCCACCAGGAGCCGGGGUGCGCUAGAAUCAGCAGUGUCCUAACCUAGAGCGCAGACACGCACGCUCUCCGAAUACUUGAAGAAACGGUGUUACACUUACAGGCCUACGAGCCGUACGGUGUCACAAUCUUACCGUGAUGCUGCGGCAGAAAGGGACGGAGCCCAGGCCGUGAGCGGUGGGUGGUGGCCGGACGCCGAGUGUAUGAGGCCCCGACUCUGCGGUUUUGGGAUUGGAUGGAGUUGUCAGUAGCACCCACUGGAUGAUUAAGCAAAAUCUCCACUGUGACAAAACUUAAACAAUAAACGUGAUUUAAAAUAGA